AUGUCUGCUUCAUUCAAUUCGCCCCUCCGACGCCGUCCACUAGCAUGUAUGCGAUGCCGGCGGCGAAAAGUCCGGUGCGACGGAGGCACACCCGCGUGUUCGAAUUGCGCCCGAGCCGGAGUGGAAUGUUUCGAAGGAACUCCCGGAUCAGCGGUCUCUAAGAGUCGACUGCAGUAUCUGGAGAAUCGCGUGCGAGAACUGGAGGCCCGCGAAGAGACCGAGACGUCGGCAAAUAUCCGAGCACAGUCGACACCAUGGCGCCAAGAACAGCACCACCACGCCUCUCCCACACGUCUCCCACAACAAGGUGUCCACUCCCUAGGUCCUACGAGGACUAUUCAUCCGGUUGAUGUUCAGUCACCUCUGAGUCGGACGGCACAAACAGACGAUACGUCUGGGGCCUCCCCGGCGGUCUCGUCCUCUAGUCGAAUCACUCGGGACCAACCGCUGGCCCACGAAGUGGGAUUACUCUCUUUGACCAACGCCAGCGAUCCCAAGUAUUUGGGUCCGUCAUCCGGAGUCACUUUUGCUCGUCUGAUCUACGAGAGCGUACCCCAAUCGCAAGGACUGCCAUUGGCCUACUCGCGACAGAAUGAUCAGGAUCAAGGGCUAAACGACCCAGGUCAGUGUCCUGUGCUAUGCGAAGCCUUGCAGGUCGACCUGCCUUCCAUGGCAGAGUGUCAGCAGUAUGCCGAGAUGUAUUUUGCUGCGUCGACAUUCUACCCUUUCAUAUCCCAGGGUGUUUUCUAUACCCUUCUCGGGCAGGUGUUUCACCUCAGCAAGACGUCGACCUGGGAGAGUAGACUCCCAGUGAAGCUAGCGCUGGCUCAGGUAUUCCUGGUCCUUUCUCUCGGUGCAAGGUCUCUUGAAAUCAAGCUAUCUGGAACCUUUGGCUCUCGGGAGUUAUUUACGACUGGGAUGUCUUACGGCACGCAGAUCAAGCUUCAUGAUAGCAUUGAGGGAGUGCAGAUUCUGUUGCUACUGGUGCAACAUAGCUUUUAUAGCCCGGAGGGCCUUAAUGCGUGGUAUCUAUUGCAUACUAUACUCGCAAGCUGUCUUGACCUUGGCCUACAACGCCGUGAUAAUAGUAGUAAGGAGAAUGAGUCUCCCUACCAGCGCAAUAUACGGCAUCUGCGAAGUGCGAUCUUCUGGUCAGCAUACUCCAUGGAUCGAACCCUGACUACGAUACUCGGUCGCCCACUCACAUUGCGAGAUGAAGCGAUUGAUAGGGAGUUCCCUGGAUUCGACAGCAACGAUGAAGUCGAAGAAGCGGCCACAUACUGGGAUCGGAAUCCUAACUCUCAAGAAGAAGCACCGAUCUCGAGAAGGGCCCCAACCUCGUACAUUGCCUGCAUCUACUCACUGCGCUUUGACCGGAUUGUCGCAGAGAUUAAGCUAAUGCUGUACCGAGUAUCCCGGUCACCUAGUCGGUUUCCUUGGCCGGCAGACGUAGGUGCAUGGCAACGGGAAGCACAAAGAGCUUGCGUUGCUCUACUGCAAGAGGUGCAAGAUCAACAACCGGGCCGUCUGCAGAGUGGUUCCAGCCCGCUAUCUGGGGUUGCCGUUCAACGACUGGAACUCAAAUAUCACCAAUGCAUUAUGCUUCUCUAUCGUCCGAGUCCGCAGAUGCCUCGUCCUAGCCUAGAUGCCGUCCAAGAGUGCUUCACCAGCGCCAUGGAGAUUAUCGCCAUCUAUGCUGACCUGCAUCGAUUUUUGAAUAUGGAAUGCUCAUGGCUGUCCGCGCAUUCUAUAUUCGUGGCUUCAAUUACAGUGCUUUAUUGCGUCUGGACAUACCCGGUGGUCCGCGGCACAACACCCAUGGAUGUCUGUCUGAAGCGAGCGGAAUUAGCACUCCAGUUACUUUCAUUCCUGGGACAGACGUGGACCGUGGCACAAGAGGCCGGCCAGAAGUUAGCGAAGCUGAUUAAAUCUACUAGUGAGGCAUACGAUGUUUUGACCGGCGCUCCUGUUGAUCCUCAAUCACUCGAUAAUAAUGUCUGGACUGGUAAUGAUUCGACGGGAUUCGCGCAAAGACCAAACGCAGACAGAACGUAUUCGAACCAAGAGGGGUCUGCUACGAACGCACCACCUGCUGAUGGGAAGAGCUUUCUAAUCGAUGAGCUUGGAAUCCUGCGCGAUCUUUUUGAUCUCGGGUGGUUAGAUGACGUGCCCGAUGGGAACCAAUCAUUCUUUGGACUUCAGACGGAUAUGGCAUGA